AUGCGUUCCUUCAGGAAUCCCUUGCUCUUCAUAGCUGCCAAAUGGGCCAACGGUCUCACCUUCGAAAUACCCUCAUCCCUUCCUGCGGGUGCAAAUAAGAUCGACCCGACUCCAGUUGGGGUUUCGAUUGAAUUCUUCGCCUUCCCGGAUUAUAUCGAAAAACUCCCACUGACAACUUCAUGCCUCGCCACUCUCGAAGGCGUACUGGGAGCAAAACCUCCGAUCCGGAUUGGGGGGACGACGCAGGAUCGUGCGUUAUAUGACGCUUCUCUGCAGACAGCAGUGAACUACACGGUUGCUUCGCCCGACGAUGCACCCGAGUCGCUUACUUUCGGGGACCGAUUCAUGGAGUUGGCAGGCUCGUAUGAGGGCAAGGUUACCAUCGGGCUGAACCGACGCCUGGAUGACGUCGACAACACCAUAGCAGCGGCCAAGGUAGUCAAGUCCGAAGUGACCAACUUGUAUGCGAUUGAGUUGGGAAACGAACCAAACUUCUUCAAAUCAAGUGACCCUAUCGCCCACGGAGAAUCCUGGACUGCCGCAGCGGACGCCGCAUCACAGGUCUCCUGGCAGGCAUCCGUAAGUGAAGGUCUGGGCAACGAGGAAUCCUUCGUCCAGGCCGGUGUCUUCUUCGAUACUGAGUCAUUUACAGCGGAGAACCUUGCAGCUAAAGAGGAAGAAACCGGUUCAACGGGAUACGUGCGCUCGUUCUGCCAUCACUUCUACCCACAGUCCUCCUCGAAUGCCAACCUGAGUCGAUUAAUCGACCACGCGGAUAUUGUGGAUGGGGUCGCUAGCUUUGAUUCCCAGGUCGCGGCAGCGCAGCAGUUAAAUCUCGAUUUCAUCAUGGGCGAGACCAACUCAGCCACGCAAGGAGGCGGCGGCAUCAGCCCGACAUACGGCGCAGGACUUUGGAUUCUAGACUACAUUAUGCAGUCCACCAUGAAAGGAAUCCAGCAACUCUUCUUCCACCAAGGCACGAUCGGAAACUGCCAAUACUGUUGGUGGCAGGACUCGGUGAACGCCCCGUUCUACGGGGCUUACACCGCGGCCUUGGCGCUGUCUGGCGCAUCGCAGAUCACUCAGCUCGACGACGGAGAUAGUCGCUAUGCCGGAUACGCGAUCUACGACACGGACGGCACCCCCACCCGCAUCCUGCUGUACAAUUCGGACUACCAUACGUCCGGAACACGUAGCAGCAUCACAGUCACCUUGACUGGACUAUUGUCGGACUCGAGUGUGUCGGCCAAGCGACUGACGGCGGCCGCAGCGACAGUUGUCGGGCGGGAAGGAAUCAGCAUUGGGGGCCGGAGCUUUGGCGACGGAACCUGUGAGCUAGCGGGAGAGGAGGAUGACGAAACGAUCGCGGUGAAAAGUGGUCGGGCUGAAGUUGAAGUGCGAGCGUCCGAGGCGUUGCUGAUUUACUUGUAGGAUUUUAUUCUUCUUUAUUAUUGUUGACGAAAGCGGGAGAUCAGAUAAGAUCCAAGCCGGGAAAGACGGGUAAAUCGGAAGCAACAUCCACGUGACCGUGGUUUCGGAUCGCCUUCAAGAAAAUCAAAGAUUGAAUUAAUAAAAAGAAUGACGAUGGGCGGUGGAGCCCUG